AAGGACAAUCCAACUGGCAUACUUCAGAUUCUGCAAAGGCAAUGAUUCAAGGCACAAAGCUGGAGAUAAUACCAUUUGACGCAGAUUACAGAGGGGUUAAAUGCGAGUGAUUAGCUGCUUUAUCUGCACUGGGCGGCAGAUUAACUGGCACUGCUAACACAGAACCAAUUGCAGGGUGAAAGGGAUGAUCCGAAUUAGCCAGGUUUUGGUGUUGGAAAUGAGAUUAAGUGAAGUGUGUCUUGCACUUCACAGAUGUAGUUUUACGUGUAGCAUUCCAUCAUUGUGUAUGAGCGCAUAAAAAAAGAGUACUGUAUGUUUUGGUAGAUAACAAGAAAGCUCCAAUCCUUCCAUUAAGAGCAUUUGGGAGGAGCAAAGUUAUCCCUAUAAAAGAGGGAUCAUUUGGCAAUAGUUUGAGGGAGGCUUCAUCUCAUGUUUAACAAAGAGAAUAUUUGGACUGAUACAAUUUAGAUAUUUUUAUAAUCUGCAGUAAAACAGCACAAUCGGUUUAAGCCGUGAUAAAAGUUCUCAUUGGAGUGGUUUUCAUAAUUGAGCGAGAUGAGAAAAGUACAGUACGAGUUUCAAGAAGACUUCUUCAUCCCCAUUCCUUUAGAUACCAACAAUAUCACAGCUUUAAGCCCUUUUUUGGUCCCUCAGGACCACCUGGGACACCAUGCUGUAUUUAUGGCCAUGGCUGCCUUUACGUUCUUCCUUUUCGUUGCUGGGACAGCAAUCAACCUGCUAACCAUUUUAUGCACAGUUCAAUUCAAGAAACUUAGAUCUCAUCUUAACUAUAUUCUCGUGAACCUUGCCAUUGCCAACCUGCUGGUAUCCUUUUUUGGCUCUUCAUUAGCAUGCUACUCCUUCUGGAACAAGUACUUUAUCUUUGGGUCAACAGGAUGUAAAAUUGAGGGUUUCACUUCGACACUUGGAGGUAUGGUGAGCUUGUGGUCUCUUUCUGUUGUGGCAUUUGAAAGGUGGCUGGUUAUUUGCAAACCCCUUGGAAACUUUUCCUUCAAGACCACUCAUGCUAUAAUUGGCUGUAUCAUUCCUUGGAUUUUCGGAAAUAUAGCCGCACUCCCUCCACUGUUUGGCUGGAGCCGGUACAUACCUGAAGGCUUCCAAUGCUCUUGUGGUCCUGAUUGGUACACAACCGAAAACAAAUACAACAAUGAAUCCUAUGUCGCAUUUUUGUUCUGCUUCUGCUUCGCGGUUCCUUUCAGCACCAUUGUGUUCUGUUAUGGUCAGCUACUCAUCACACUUAAAUCAGCGGCCAAAGCUCAAGCAGAUUCAGCUUCGACCCAGAAGGCCGAGCGGGAGGUGACAAAGAUGGUGGUGGUGAUGGUGUUUGGCUUCUUGGUUUGCUGGGGACCGUAUGCAAGCUUUGCUGUUUGGACAGUUUACCAUCGGGGUGAACCAUUUGACCUGAGAUUGGCAACCAUACCAAGCUGCUUAUCAAAAGCCUCUACAGUGUACAAUCCUGUCAUCUAUGUUUUAAUGAACAAACAGUUUCGUGCCUGUAUGAUAAAGAUGGUCUUUGGCAAGAAUAUUGAAGAAGAUGAGUCAUCUACUUCAUCUCAAGUCACCCAGGUCUCCUCUGUUGCACCAGAGAAAUAAACCUAUUCUACGUAACCUUAUCAUCUGGACAUGACCACUCUGGCAAUAAAAAUAUUUUUAAAAUGAUUGUAAAUAAUAAACAUAGAGCCGGUUGUAAUUUUUGAUUUUAAUGUCAAUUUUUUUUUCAUUGGCUUGCUUUACAAGUAUAAUGAGUAGGCAAUCAUAAAAAUAUCCUUAAAAAUAAUGUACAAUAAAUGCAAAGAAAGAAUAAA